AUGUGGUUCAAACCCCAGGACCUGGUGGAAGCCCUGGAGGUGAGAGGCCCGCCUCACCCGGAUCCUGUGCCUGCAGCACGCUGUGUCUCUGCAGGGGGCCAUCCUCCUGCCAACAUCUCCUGGUCUUUGCCCCUGAACUGGCAGGUUAACACAAGCCAGGCACCAGGGCCCCUGCCUGGCACAGACACUGUCACCAGUCUCUUGCUCGUGGUUCCUUCCAGCGAGGUAGACCUCAAAAACGUCACCUGUGUAGUGGACCAUGCGGGCUUCCCAGCCCCUCACCUGCUGCCUGUGACUCUCUCUGUGCACUAUGCGCCCGAAGUGUCCAUCUUGGGCUAUGACGACAACUGGUACAUUGGCAGAAGUGAGGUCACCCUGAACUGUGACAUCCGCAGCAACCCGGAGCCCACCGGCUAUGAGUGGAGCACGACCGGGGGCCCCCUGCCUUCCUUUGUUGUGUCCCAAGGCCACCAAAUCUUCAUCCCUGCUGUCAACGAGUCAGUCAACACUACGUUUUUCUGCAAUGCCACUAAUGCCAUCGGGACUGGCCAUGCAGCACUGACCGUCCUGGUCAGAGGUAAGGAGUUCCCUGGGUGA